AUGUGUCAGAAGAAACACAGUGCAGCUGGCGACCGAAGUCAGCCGUCCUGCCACAAGGAGCUGCUAGAGCAGGAAAUUCCAGAUGGUUCUCGUGCUGGUCAUGAGAGGAAGAAGACAGUCUCCUUCAGCAGCAGUCUCUCUGAGAGGAAGAUCAGCAGCGCUGCAGACUGCAUCAGUGCUAUGGUGAGGGGUACUGAGCUGCGGAAGGUGCGCUCCAACUCACGGGUCUACCAACGCUACUACCUGCUGGAGUCAGGUCUGCAGGCCCUGCGAUGGGAGCCCUCCAAGAAGGAGUCAGACAAGGCCCGCAUCGCCGUCUCCUCCAUCAGAGAGGUCCGCACCGGCCGCAACACAGAGACAUUUAGGACCAACGGCAUCUAUGACCAGAUCUCUGAGGACUGUGCCUUCUCUAUCAUCUACGGAGAGACCUAUGAAGCUCUGGACCUGGUAGCUAACUCUGCAGAGGUGGCCAACGUUUGGGUAACUGGCCUGAGGUAUCUGAUUCUGUAUGGGAAGCAUGCCAUGGACAUGAUAGCCAGCAGUGAGGACAGCCUUCGUCUCGUCUGGCUAGCAGAGAUGUUCUCCUCUAAGGUUGUUUCAAAUGGACUCGGUGGAAGAGAGGAGGAGGGGAUCAGUUUGCGGUCGGCUGUAGGACUGAUCAAGAGUGUUAACCCUGGAGUGAGAAGUGGGAAAGUAGAACGCAGGUUUAAGGAGCUCCAUCGAAUCAAAGAGAAAAUAGAGGACAGGGUCACCAAGGAGGAGUUCAUUGAGGUAUUUCACGAACUUUGCACCCGACCGGAGAUCUACUUCCUGCUUGUGCAGUUCUCUAGCAACAAGGAGUUCCUGGAUACCAAAGAUCUGAUGAAGUUCCUGGAGGCUGAGCAGGGCGUGGCUCAGGUGACUGAAGACACCAGUCUGGAGCUCAUUCAAUCCCACGAGCCGUCGGAGGAGGGCCGUCGCCAGGGCUGCCUCUCAUUGGACGGUUUCACCAGCUAUCUUACCUCCCUGGAGUGCCACCUGUUUGACCCGGAGCACAGCCAGGUGUGCCAGGACAUGAGCCAGCCCUUAUCCCACUACUACAUCAACUCCUCCCACAACACCUACCUCAUCGAGGACCAGUUCAGGGGGCCCGCUGACAUCACCGGCUACAUCCGGGCUUUAAAGAUGGGCUGCAGGUGUGUGGAGGUGGACGUGUGGGACGGCCCUGACGACGAACCCGUGGUUUAUACUGGUUACACCCUCACCUCGCCUGUCCUGUUCCGCUGUGUCCUGGACGUGAUUGGGUGCUUUUCAUUCGCAGCGUCAGAGUGUCCUCUAAUCCUGUGCUUGGAGAACCACUGCUCCCCCUGCCAGCAGAGAGUCAUGCUCCAGCACCUGAGGAGGAUCCUAGGGGAGAGGUUGUACACGGAGCCCCUCAGGGAAGGGGAGGGGUACCUGCCCUCGCCCCAUGCCCUGAGGGGCAAGAUCCUGCUGAAGGGGCAGAAGUUGAAGGAGGGGUGUGGUGAGACGGAGGGGGAUGUGACUGAUGAAGACGAGGGGGCGGAGAUGUGCAAGAGGAUGAAGGCUGGUAACAGUGAAUCUAAACGGUUCCAGCUUCUGAAGGAGCUCUCGGACUUGGUGACUCUGUGCAAGUCGGUACGCUUCACGGACUUCCAGAAGUCUUUCUCAACCCAGAAACCCUGGGAGUUCUGCUCGUUCAACGAGACCCUAGCGGUGCGCUGCGCCAGCGAGCGCCCGGGAGACUUUGUCAACUACAACAAGCGCUUCCUGUCGCGGGUCUACCCCAGCCCCAUGCGCAUCGACUCCAGCAACAUGAACCCACAGGACCUGUGGAAGUGCGGUUGCCAGAUUGUGGCUAUGAACUACCAGACGCCCGGGUUGAUGAUGGACCUAAACAUCGCUUGGUUCCGCCAGAACGGGAAUUGUGGGUACGUGCUGCGACCCACCAUCAUGCGACAGGAGGUUUCAUAUUUCAGCGCCAAUACAAGAGAAUCUGUGCCGGGUGUGUCCCCUCAGCUGCUCCAUGUUAAGGUGAUCAGUGGUCAGAACCUGCCCCGUCCGAGUGGUUCUGGAGCUAAAGGAGAUGUGGUGGACCCGUACGUCUACGUGGAGAUCCAUGGAAUCCCUGCCGACUGUGCCGAGCGCCGCACCCGCACGGUGGUGGAGAACGGAGACAACCCCAUUUUCGACGAAAGCUUUGAGUUCCAGAUCAACCUGCCCGAGCUGGCCAUGGUGCGCUUCGUGGUGCUUGAUGAUGAAUUCAUAGGGGACGAGUUCAUAGGUCAGUAUACCAUUCCCCUGGAGUGCUUACAGCCAGGCUACCGGCACGUACCAUUACAGUCUCUGACGGGGGAGGACCUCCCGUACGCCCGGCUGUUCGUCCAUGUGGCUCUCACCAACCGGAGAGGAGGGGGCAAGUCCCACAAGCGGGGGCUGUCUGUGCGAAAGGCGAGGCGAGGGAGGGAGUAUGCUGCACUCAGGGACCUGGGGGUCAAAGCCUUGGAUGAUGUUUUCAAAAUGGCGGCCCCGUCAUUGAAGGAAGCCACAGACAUGCGGGAGAACAUGCAGAACUCGGUGGCAGUGUUCAGGGAUCUGUGUGGGGUGUCAGCGGUGGCUAACCUCAUGCAGUGUGUGUUGGCCCUGGGGGCCCGAGUUGCGGGGGCUGACGGGGCCCCCCUGCUGCUGUUUGAGCUGAAGGAGCAGUACCCCUCCAUGGAGUCUCAGGGGCCCCUGCCGGACGUCCUACGCAGGGUGGUGUCCACUUACGAAAUGAUGAUCCAGGCGAGCAGAGCGGUGAUCGAGCUGUCAGACGGAGUCUACGACAGGAUCCUACAGAUACAGACAACAGCCAUGGAGUUCCAUGAGAAGUUAAAGCCCAUGGCAGUGAAGGAGGGGCUUAAAGGUCGUAAGGUCACCAGAGCUGUGGAGAGUUUCAGCUGGAACAUCACCAUAUUGAAGGGGCAGGCAGACCUGCUGAAACGGGCUAAGACGGAGGUGCAGGAGAACAUAAAGCAGGUCUACUACGCUGCCCUGACCUCUAACCUCAGUAAGGGCGGGACAGGAGAGACAACCCACACCCGGCGCAGCCUGGACGCCCUUCCUUCAAUGUCGGGUACAGCUCCGGCAAGAAGUUUCCCUUAGGCACAGACAGGUCUAGGAACAGUUUACCUGUCUGAAAUUAUAUAUCGAACCAUAAGGGGGAAAUGUAAAAUCUGACCGUAGGUCAGUUUCUAAGGGCACAAUCGUCCUAUUCUGAGGAUUGGCAGGGUAAUAAGAAGUUGCUACAUACGUUCUAUAGUGAUAGGCUCCUUCUGCAUCUCAUCCGGGGGCUGCUGGAGAUUAGUCUGCCAUUUUCUCCACACAACGAUGAGGAGGAAGGAAGAUGGACUCAGUUGAAGAGAAAAACUCCCGUUAUAGCACUGCCAGGAGGGAGGAGUAAUGUCGAAGACACUGGAGACAGGAAUGUAGAGAGGAAUGAAGGAAUGAGGUCUGAGAGAAAGAGAGAGAGACAAUCAGACUGCCCUGUCCCCUACUUUGUAUGCAGCUGUAAAUAAGAAAUGUUUAAUCCUGCUCUCUCUGGGGCCGAUUCAGACCCGAGUUAUGCACUUGUAAAUGGAACUUAAUUCCCUUUUUAUGCGCUUUUCUCAAAAACAUAUUCUGACCUUGAAUUUAAAAAAUGUUUCAGCCAGGUAUUCUUUCAGGGUGGAGAUCAGAGAAAUGAAUAAAUA